GGCGCCGGCCCACUGAUACUCGCGCAGCCUGAAACUAGUUUGGAGAGUUGAAGGUUUUGGUUUCGCGACAGCUGGACUUUCCAACUAUUUGGAUUAAAAGGGCUGGAAGACGUGUUACCGCGACGGAAAGCCUUAAUCCACUGAGUCAAGAUGUUGAAUAUGUGGAAAGUUAGAGAACUGGUUGAUAAAGCAACCAAUGUUGUUAUGAACUAUUCAGAAAUUGAAUCUAAGGUUCGAGAGGCCACAAACGAUGACCCAUGGGGACCCUCUGGCCAGCUAAUGGGAGAAAUAGCCAAAGCCACGUUCAUGUAUGAGCAGUUCCCAGAAGUGAUGAACAUGCUGUGGUACAGAAUGCUGAAGGACAACAAGAAAAACUGGAGGAGAGUUUACAAGUCCUUGCUGCUGCUGGGUUACCUGGUACGAAACGGAUCUGAGCGGGUGGUCACUAGCACACGAGAGCACCUGUAUGACCUGCGCUCCAUCGAGAGUUAUCACUGUAUAGAUGAGAAUGGGAAGGACCAAGGCAUCAACGUGCGGCAGAAGGUGAAAGAGAUGGUGGAGUUUGUGCAAGAUGAUGACAGGCUGCGAGAGGAGAGGAAGAAGGCCAAGAAAAACAGGGACAAAUAUAUCGGUGUGUCGUCUGAUAGCAUGGGGGACUACAGAUAUGGUGGUGACAGGUACGAAUCGCGCUCCAAGUGGGACAGUGACUGGGAGAAUAAUAAAGGUGCUUUUCCAUUUACUGAGAAACUGGGAGAGAUCAGUGACAAGAUAGGAAGCACAAUUAACGACACUAUAAACACGUUCCGCAGGAAAGACAGAGAUGACUCGCCAGACAGAUUCAGUGACCCAGAGGAGGAAAGAAAUAGAGAAAUCCGAAACAGGCAGUCGGGCAGGAGUGAAUUCAAAGAUGAUGAGGAGACGGUGACCACCAAAAGUGUUCAGAUUGUUCAGGCCACAGAGACUACUGCCACACGAAAGAAAGGAUCCACCCCAUCAAAAACCAUAGACCUGGGGGCAGCUGCCCAUUACACUGGAGAUAAACCUGCCACAAACUCAAAUGCCACCAAGCCAACUGUCUCAGGUACAAGUCAGUCCGGUGGCGAUCUGGUGAACUUGUUUAUGGCAGAUUCUACAGCCGUGAAGCCAGCUUCCACAGGUUUAAACUCAGACCUGUUUGGCGGCUUUGCAGAUUUCUCAUCAGCUGCAGCUACAGCCAGUCUUCCUUCAGCAGCCGCUUCAGGAGCUAGUGGAAAUGCAGACUUUGGGGAUUGGAACGCGUUUGAAGAUGUACAGCCAGCCAAUCCGCCGGUGAAUCCUCCAACAACAGCCAUGUUUGCACCUGCUGCUGCCUCCACAGUGCCCUCUGCUGACCUCUUUGACCUCAUGGGUUCUUCUCUCAGUACCAACAUCAGCGCUUCCCAAAGCAUAAACUUUUCCAUGACCAGCACUCAGAACACAGGCCUGCCCAUAUCCCAAUCUCAGACUCUGCAGAGUAUGGGGACUCCACUGGUGCCUCAGCAGUCUGUACAAAAACAAGAAGCCAAGAAGGCCUCCAUGCCAUCCACUUGGUCUGAUUCCAGUGUCAACAUCAGUCUGGACUACCUGGGUCCUGGCAUGCUUCCUCCCAAACCAACUCAGCCAACACUCAACAUGAUGCAGCAGCAUGGAGGCCCAGUCAACAUGAUGACACAGGGUUUUGCCUGCAUGAACCUUGGAAUGCAGCCCAGCCCUGCCCCUGUGCGACCCCCCGCUAACCCCAUGAUGGGAAACAUGGGCAUGCCACCUGCCAUGGGAGGCGGGGCUAUGGGCGUAUCUCCUGUGGGAGGCAUGCCACUCAAUCAGGGCACGAUGGGAAUGAACAUGACCAUGGGAAUGCCAGGAGCUGUUGGCAUGGGGAUGGGAAUGUCAGUGCCAGUCAUGAGCAUGAGCUCUUCCAUGGCACAACAGAAGCACGAUGCCUUUGCUGACUUUGCCAACUUCGGCAAAUGAAUAAAAGAGAUGGAGGUUGUAUGCUAGGACAAUCUUUCUGGAAGGCAGGAGUAUGAAGGAUUUUUUUUUAAAAGAGCUGCAAACAAAAACUACUUGAAAGAUGUCAGUUACGGUCGUCCAGAAUUCUAUUGUUCCUUACACAAUACUGAUGUGUAAAAGGGUGAAUCUAAACAAUCUGGCCCAGGAGCCACAUGGACAGCAAGUUGUCUUUUGUACAAGAGAUAAAUAUGAUUGCACUUCCACUUAACAUUGCUUUAAAUCUUGAAAGAAUCUUAACUUCAGGAUCACAUAUAUAUAUAUAUAUAUAUAUAUAUAUAUAUAUAUAUAUAUAUAUAUAUAUAUAUAUAUAUAUAUAUAUAUAUAUAUAUAUAUAUAUAUAUAUAUAUAUAUAUAUAUAUAUAUAUAUAUAAGUAAUGACAUUGACUGGCCCCAAAUACUAUUCUCACUCCUUUAUGUUCUUCCUGAGGAUUACAUGAUUUGUUUGAUCUGAAGUUAUUUCCUGUACUUUCCAUUCUCUUUUACAUAACCUUGUAAAUAUUACUGAAAAUGCAUAUAAGUUAUUUAAAUCUGAGAUUUAUUAAUUGAAAUAUUAAUAAUAAUAAUAAUGAGGUUUAUCAAAUGAUGUGAAUCAGUGCAGAACUAUAGCAAGACGGCACGAGUGAGAAUCAUGUUAAGAGCAACCGCUGUGGCCUUCGGAAUGGGAAUAUAUUUUUAUAGAAAUGUGAUCUGUUUUGCAUUUUUCAAAUGAAUGUACAUCAGUCACACACAGAGGCUUUGGUCAUUCAAUGUCCUUACAUACACAGUGCCUAUCAAUCUGUUGCCUAUACCUUUUUCUCUUGAAACUUUCUUAAGACAAUAUGAAAUUACAGUAUUUUUUCCAGUACUGUAGACAUUUGAGCAUAUAUGUAUGCACAGUUUCUUUUUUUUAAUCUGUUUGUUCCCCCAUUUUCACUGCAUGGCUAGUGUGAAUGAUAAAAAUUAGUUUGUUUGUUUGUUUGUUUGUUUGUUUUCCUGAACCUGAUGGGAUUAAGUCUUUCUUUAUGCAAGUCGGGUCAUGGUGAGGGAGUUGGGCAUGGAUGUAUAGUGAGAUGAGUAAGGAUCACUGUGCUGUUCCGCUCACCGAGUGGAAUGUUGCGUCUCUGUAUUGUCAGGAGCAGGGACUUAAACUGAAGCCUUCUCUGCCAUUCAAAAGCAGCACACGCAAAUGACCAAAUUCUGCCUUCUCUCUUCUCUUCUUUCCAAGGGAUUGAUGUCUUCUUCUUUUUUCUUUUUUUAAUAUAGUCUGUAGGGUGUAUGUGUAAGAUUGGGGUGUCAUGUAGGGGCUGUGGAUCUUUCCUGGAAAACACUAUAAUUUUUAUGCAAAUCUCAACCAACCAACCAACAGAACUUUCCUUCUAUUAAGUAAGUGUAUGUCCUUACAUUCAUACACUGCUUUGAUUGUACCUAUGACGGUCUUUUAUGUCCAAGAAUAAAGAGUUGAUUUUCAUGUGAA